AUGGCUAACUCUAUACUAGCUAUCAAGUGGGAACGCUUUUUCGUCGACGUCGAAAUUCCGGAAAAAAUAGCCGCCGAGUACGCAAAGAAGUUUGCCGAACAAAGAGUGCAGUUUGAAAUGCGUGGAGAACUCACUAGAAAUCUUCUUGUAGAAUUGGGAAUCAAAGCACUAGGCGACCAGAUGGCUAUACUUCAUUAUUUGAAAAGAGAAAAGGAGAAAACUUCGGAUGGAAUGGACACAAAUGAGUCGUACCCUCUUUCUUCAAACACAGUUUUAAAGCAGGAACCCGCUUCUAACGUUUUGAAAAGAGGUCUAAAACCUCCCGAUCGUGAUGACAUAUACCACAUACGUAUGCCGUCUGGAAGCACGCCGAAAACGAGAGAAAUUUUGAGGAAACAGAACCUGUUACGAUCAGCAGGUAGACUUAUGAAGCGUGGAAUAAAUGGUAUUCGGAAGUCAGGAGAAGAGGUGAAACCUCACUCAAAAAUUUUGGUCUCAAGGUUUACGAGUGGUUCGACAUCCUCUGCAGGUUUGACGCUUUUAAAAACCAAAACCUGGUCUUCUCUUUAA